CUGAAGACAAAUUUGAAGAAUUGCGUGGGGCGGACUAUUGGUUUAUUGAAAAUAGAUCAGAUGGUAUGAAAGGAGAGGAAUUGAAAGAUGAAUUUCAGUUCAAUGGUUGGCUCGAUGACGUUCCCAAAACAAACAGAUCAAAGAUCAUUAGUCUUUCGAUAAAAGUCGAAGGGAUGAGGUCUUAUAGUGACUGGAACUUGGGUGACAUUACUCAUGCUCUCACUGGAGUUAAGAUAGAAGAUGUUACCGAGCUUGCUGUUCUGAAAAUGGAUGAUUUUCCGACAUUUUCAGGCGCAAUUUCUGAUGAUAUUCUGGAUGGGUUCUUCGCAGAAAUCAAUGCUAAGCUUGCCGCAUUCCGGACGGCACCCAUUGUCCGAGAGUUCGUCUCUCCGUUUAUGACCAGAGCUGUGCUAAUUAUGCAAGAAAGGGAACCUUUAUUGCUACUGAAUGCCAAGCGUAAGCUCAAGGGAACCCGUGGUUAUGGUCCAGUCGACUAUUCUGUCAGUAAGAACGAAAUUGUCAUUCUUGUUACGGAAGCGAAGAAUGAGGACUUCCGUCAAGGUGCAGCAGAAAAUAUUGCACAAAUUCAUAGUGCUGUUGAGCAUUUGGAAAAAAAACGUAAAAUUGAUGCUACUGCUGACAGGCUUCGCGCUGUUAUGUAUGGAAUUGUAACUACUGGAACUGAAUGGAUGUUUAUCCGAUGGGCUGGAGAUUCAAAAAACCCGACAAUUGAAUUGACGCCGAAAUUUACAUUCGCUCUUAACGAAUCGGCAAAGUCGAGAGUAAUUCUGGAGCACAUUGCUGGGAUCAUUGAAGUACAAGUUGCGAGCUUGGACGAUACGAAUAAAAGAAUUCGAAUUGGCGGGAAUGACGAUUCGACUUAA